CUUUAAUUUGGGAUUCUUGUCUUUCGCAAUAAUUAUUUCUUACUUUUUCUGAUGACCCCUGACCUCACUCUGGACGCCAUCUUUGAUUUGGUCUGUCUUUUUGUUGAUGCUCCCUAAAGUAUCUGAUGGCGCUUGUUUUGCUCACACAGGAACACACAAAUCAUUUUCCCCAAAUAAUGGAGUAACAAUUUUCUUUCAUGGGUUUUUAGUGCAAAAAUUGUCAUCCAAAGUGUGCCAAGAUGCCACUAGAUGACUUACUGAUGCAUACUUGAGCUCACCAUCGCCAAAAUAGAAUAGGGAUGAUGCACGACGAUCGCCAUGGUGAAGUUGUUAUGGCGACCAAUGGAAGGCGGCGAUGUGCGAUGCAGUAAUGCAUGCAAACCUGUCAUGUGAUCAUACAUGGCUGAGAGGGAUAACUUGACUUCACGUUUCCCUGCCCGGUUGCCGUGACAACAUCAGUGUUAGUUCAUGUGCAGGCCUCUCAGGUGACACAAAACAAGAAGAGGAAGUCUUCAUCGUUCCAGCCAGGAGGCUUGAGGUCACUUUACAGGUGGUGGUUGAAGGAGUUGAACAUUUCAUAUGCACGACACGCUGAUGAUGAUGAUGAUGAUGAAGAUAGGAAGGAAGAGGAAUGGAACGGAGCGCUUGAUUGGUGGCAGCACAGAUGCAGUCAGGACCCUGAAGGACAGAAGUAGGACUGUUUAGUCCAACAAUGUCUUCUGAGUCCUCCAAGACGUCCCCUGAGGUGCCCUUGGACCCCUCCAUGUUAGCCGCUACGACAGUAAGAGAAGUUAAAAGUAACGGGACAGCGAGGAAGGAGGACGAGGACAACGACCGCAAACGUCUUUACUGCUCGCUCUGCAAAGUGGCCGCCAACUCUGCCUCGCAGCUGCAAGCUCACAACAGCGGCACCAAGCACAAGACUAUGCUGGAGGCGAGGAACGGCGCCGGCGCCAUCAAGUCCUUCCCGAGGCCGGGCGUCAAGGUCAAGGCCAGCGAGCUGUGGAGCGACCUGCAGAACAGAACCUUCCAGUGUGAGAUCUGUGACGUGCACGUCAACUCAGCCACGCAACUCAAGCAGCACAUCAGCAGCAGGCGACAUAAAGGCAGAGCAGCAGGCAAAGCAGCCAAGCCCAAAUUCAAGCCCUACACUCCCGGCCAGCGUAACACUCGCAUCCUGACGCUUCGUUGGACCAGGGAGAAGAACCACGAGCGCAUCAAACACACAAACUCCACGUCGUCGCUGCCGACCUUCCAUCUCCAUCCUGCCACAGACUCAAGCCCCGCCCUGUUUCAGGCUCUGCCCCUCCUACAGCCCCUUAUGCGCCCGAGCCCCGCCCCCGUCUGUGCAACGCCGCUUCCGUUUCCUCACUACUGACUUCGAAGUUGCAUCAAAUAGGUGAAAAAAAAAGACUAUUUCCCUCCUUUUAAUGGCGUUAAUGUUCCUUUUAAACAAGAUUUGGAAUAAACGCACCACUGUUACUUGUUUGAUUACUGCUGGAAAAAUAGUCAAAUUGAUGCGUGCAUGUUUAAAAUCUCAUCAGGACCAAAAAGGUGUCAGCAGCAAAAUAGUAGACAGUCUUUGCCUAAAGGCUCUAAGGCAGAGUGUCCAACUGCUUUACCUCAAACGUGGAUGGUCAGUGCAAAGAAGAGUGAGGAGACUAUUUCAGAAUACACUGGCAUGGUACU